CUACAUUGUAUACGGCAGGUUCGGGAGACAAAAAUUUAAUAUUCAUUCUAACAAAGAUGAAUGAAACAUGUGAGAAAGGUUUAAUCAUAAUAUAUGCUGUUUUGAAAUGGCUUCUGGAUGUAGUGGAUUUAGGGAUGGAUUGGGACUUUUACAUUGAAGUACAACACACAGAUCAAGAAAGUAUUACACGUGCAGUAAAAUUAAAACGAGCAAUCCUCGGCUUUGCAAUCAUCGGUACCUUAAUGUUCACCGCAACUUUACUUUUAUUUUGCAUAAAAAUUUGCAUAGAGAAACGACACGGAGAAAACAAAUCCUAUGACGAUGUCAAGAAAGCUAUUUCGGUCUUUUCUUUUUUGUGUACCUGGAUUGAGGAUCUUCCUCAAAUAAUUCUAGCUGUAAUUGUGGCAGUAAAAUCAACCGAGCUGAUCUCCGAUAUUCAGCUGGUCAAGGCCUGGUAUGCCUUAGUGGAAGCAUCAUUGCAAGCUACUAUAACACUAAUAGAACUCAAACUGUGUUGCGUGAACAAGCCAGAAAUCUGGAAACGGGUGUUGUUAAUCUUGGAGCUGAUUGGCAUCACCUUCAUCUUUCUGCUCUGUGCGUUUUUGCUGAUUGAACUUUACCAAGAUAACUUUAAAGAGAUUUAUCCCCUGGAAAAUGCUGCCAUGAAUUUCACUAGCAACGCCACAACUUGGAGCACUCCAAUAAUUUCUACCCAGCUUACGACAUUGGACAUUUCUACCAAACAAUGACAUCAUUCCCAA